AUCAUAUAAUUUCUCAUUUACUUUGUGCCUGGUCAAUGACUGCCGAGCACCUUGGAUAUCAGCUGAUAGUGACAUGUGAUGAAGUCGUAUGAACACAAAACAAAUCUUAGGUAUGAUUAACUUUUUGAGGAAAAAAAACAAGCAUUAAUAAGAGAGUAUAUUUCAAUACUAAUCAUAUAAUUUCUCAUUUACUUUGUGCCUGGUCAAUGACUGCCGAGCAACGUUGAUGUGAUGAAGUUAUACUCGAGGACAAUUCUGACAUUAUGCCUUCUUGAAAACUUAAGACUACUUAAGCUGACCCUCCUCCUUCUGGAUCCUCCUCCCUCUGGACCCCCCUGCCUCUGGACCCUCCUCCCUCUGGACCCUCCUGCCUCUGGACCCUACUCCCUCUGGACCCUCCUGCCUCUGGACCCUCCUCCCUCUGGAUCCUCCUCCCUCUGGACCCCCCUGCCUCUGGACCCUCCUCCCUCUGGACCCUCCUGCCUCUGGACCCUCCUCCCUCUGGACCCUCCUGCCUCUGGACCCUCCUGCCUCUGGACCCUCCUCCCUCCAUCAGAUGACCAAACAUUUGGAAAUGAGACAAACAGACCCAGUUCCUGUUGCUGUGAAGGUCAUCGCACCACUGAUCUACAGGUUGUCCUUCAACGUGAUGCCUAGCCGAUGCGCGACCAACGAUCACCGGCUGAACCAGUUUAAUCCACUUGCCCGCUUCCUAUCCCUACCAUAUCAAUAUCAAUAUAUAU